AUGAAAUAUUUUCGAGUGCCCGCAGUGCCCACGGUGAGUGACCAGCUCCUGUUUAGAUUAUCCCAGGAGGGUGAUUUACAGGCUGUAAUAGAAAAGGUCUUAAGUGAAUACUUUACAUAUAAUGAGUACACAGCGGGCAGUUUACGGCCGGCUGCCAGGGACGUAUUGAUUUCUUAUAUAAGCAGAAGGAGACUCUCACAGAAAACAGAAAAAAAUAAUAAUAAUGAAAAUAGAAAAAAUGGCGAAGGACCACUUGCUGUGGCAGAUGAGUUAUGGAGUAAGAUUGUAGAGUACUCUAUUACUGGGGUUGAACCAGUAUCUGUGCUUAUAGGGUGUGAGGGAGAAUCUGCAGAUAUUUCUGUUUCGUGUGUAAUACAUCUGGACAGUAUGCGAGUGCAGUGUGAGGAGUUUAUAGAUAAAAUAUCUGGUGGUGUGUCCCAUAAGGCAUUCUCGCUUUCUAAACUGUGGUCAUUCGGGAAGGCAUUAAUAGGGGACUCGAACACUUUUUUAAGUAAAAUACUCUUGCAUGGAAUGAAUAAUCCAGAGAAUAUUUCGGCAUUUGCUGAGAUAAUAGGGAGUAAAGAAAGAGUGCCAAUUCUAACAGAGAUAUACGUACUGGGUAAAAUUAAAUCACAAGAAGAAAUAGGUCCAGAGUAUACGGAGUGCAGUAGUAAUUCAUUUAUAGAGUCACUGAGGUAUAUUAUAUUCCUGUACAGGCACGUACACUACGUCACUGGGAGUUGGAAGGAAUCUGCUGUAUCCACAGUAAUCAGUCAGCUAAUGAAAAUAGAGUGUAACCAUGAAGUGGAAGUCAGAGUUAUUCUGAAUAUAAUACUGCUGGAUAUAUUACAGGAAAGUAAAGAGGAGCAAGGAAGAAGACUUCUUUUACUAACUGAUACUAUCUCUAUACUAGAAGGUAUUCUAACGGAGUAUGCAAAUAGUUCAGAUAUACUUGAGUAUUGUAUGUGGUUAUGUACAGAGGCAGAGUGUAUAAUGGAUGUACCACCGUAUAUAAGAGAUGAUUUAGUGGCCAGAAUCGUAAGAAUAUGCAUUAUUUAUGGCCGGCCCACUUUACUGGUUAAUGAAUUAGAGAGGAGUACGCAUUGGUUUGACUACUUUUUUUUAAUACAAGAAUAUUAUAAGUCUCAGAAUAUUCCCAUGGAAAUAACUCUGACGGAAAAGGCUUUAUUAGGGAUAAAUAUAUACAGAAGCAUAAAAAACAGAAAGGGGCAGGAAUUGUUAAAAUCAGAAGGUAUCUGUAAUAACGGAAAUAUAAAAAAGCGGGCACGUAUCAAAUAUAUAGAUAAAGCAGUAAAACCAACGGAUAAAAUAUAUUCUGGUGAAAGAGUGGUAAUCCAUGCGUGUAUUCCGAUGGAUGAAAUAAGUAAGAUUAAUGGUGAUUUAGUGUAUUCAGUAUACUUAGAGGUGGAUAAUCGCAGAGUAAGUAUAAGUACUGGGAAAGCAAGAGUGUCCUUUAUUAAUAAAGGAAGUGUGGACAGAAUCAUUCCUAUUACAAGGAUUAUCGUAGAAAUGGGUGGUGGUACUAUUAUAAUACCAGUGAAUUAUACAAUAAAAGUACUUCCUGUGGUGUAUAUUACACCAGUGGUAUUAUAUAGUUAUACUGUCACACCAUAUGGAAUGACAAAAGUAUAUGCAAAGGGAAUUACUCCAACAGUAAAAGACCUUCUUAUACACAGUACGGGCGUAGGGUAUAAACCAGCUAGAAAGGAAAUAUUUUAUGGAGUGGAUUUUAUUGGUCGUAAAAUACGAAUACACACUCCACAUUCGUAUGUGAGUGUGCCUAAGCCAAGAAUAUCGUAUAGGGUAGGAAAUAAUUCUGAUAUAAAGUAUAGCAUAUCAGGUGUAUGCGAUAAAUUACAUAUUUACAACGGAACCAUAAACAAAGCUAGAAGUACAAUUAGAGUGAACAACCGCCGAGUAGUAAAUUCCAGUGAAGAUGACACUCCGGCUGAUUCAGAGAAUGUACCAAGCCUAGUUGAAGUGGGAAUAUAUGACUUAAUAUCACAUAAAAAGAUUAAGAGUAAAGAAUACUCUCCAAUAGAACUUGUCAUUAGGUACUGGCUAUACAGAAAGAACAGAAUAUUAUACUUACUAAAACCCUUUACACGGGAUAAUCCGUGUACGUUAUUAGAUGCCCUGCCUGUAUGCCCUAUACUCGCCCCAGUUCUUGUAUUACACUGUAAUAACACAAUAAAUAUAAGAAAAGUCCCUUUAGAGCCAAAUAUAACAAACCCAUACAACUUACUCGGAGAAUGGUCUUCUCUUAACUCUCUCCUGGACACUUGCUUAUUUGAAAGAAAAGCCAAUCAAAUCAAUAAAUUGAUCCAUACACUUUCCCACGGCAAUACACAAGAUAGUGCCGUACACACAAUCAGUAAAGACAGAAUGCGUAUCUGGUAUACAAAUACUGCAUUAGUCAGAGCUACCACAGUCUCUGAUGGUAUAAUCAUAUACAUACAAAAUUAUUCAGCAUAUUUAACAGUUCUUUGUAUAAUAGGAAUGAAAAUAACUCAGGCAUUCCCCAUGGGCAGUGUUAUAUACAGAAGUAAUGAGUCCAUAGACAGUCUAUCAGUUAUUAUGAAUACAGUAUAGUAUUAUAAUACUUUCAUAUGAUUGGUUUGUCUAAAUUGCAUUAUGCCUACAUAUAAUAAAUAUUACAUGUUCCA